GGAGGAAGGAGGCAGGGCUACCAGAUUCAUUGACAGAACAGCAUCCCCUGGUGUCACGUUGGUUACGAACCCAAACUUCUCUGAAUUCCGUCCCUGCUUUAUAGGAAAUUCAAGAAUUUAAACUUCAAAAUGGGUUGCAACCAAUCUAAGAAUCAGGAGCCGACCACAGGAGAACUCUCCCAGACAAAUGUACCAUGCGAGGAAAUCAAAGCUCUGGCUGAAAAGUUUAAAGCUAAUGUGGAAAAAGAACUUGGAAGGGAACUAGAUACCUUUGACGCCGUCUCUUUCAGAAAACAAGUCGUGGCAGCGAAUGUAUAUUUCAUUAAGGUUAAAGUCGGAGAUGAGUAUGCACACAUACGAAUCUAUGAUCCUAUUCCAAAAGCAUCAGACAAAGCAGCUGCGACCUCAACAGAAGAGAAAACAGCACCAACAGACGAACAGACAGCGUCAGGGAAAGGAGAGGGUUCCGAAGAGGGCGAAGGAGAGGACUCGGAGGAAACGACAGAGGGUUCUACAGAUGCAGGAUCGUCAAAGGAAACAGCUGCAGAGGAGCAGAAACCGACAGCCAAGUUUGAGGGCGUGCAGAAAGGCAAGACACUGGAGGACGACAUUGUUGAAUUUCAAGAGCCUAGUCCUUGUGAAGAGGUCCAGGCAGCCGUAGAAGAAGCACCAGAACCACCCACAGAGGAGCCCGAAAAGGAAGAACCCAAACAGGAACCGAAGGAAGAGGAGCCCGAAAAGGAAGAACCCAAACAGGAACUGAAGGAAGAGGAGCCCAAAAAGGAAGAACCCGAGUCAAAGGAAGAAGGUGGCGGCCUCCUGGACACCGUGAAAGCAGGAGCUUCCAGCGUGGAAGACAAAGGUAGCAGUCUUCUAGAUACGGCGAAGGCGGGGGCUGCGAGCGUAGGAGUGAGUUUUUGAUGUGCGUCCUAUGUUACCUUGCCCUCUAGUUCAAAGUGUGACUAUAUUUGUAAAUUGACAUUUAUACCGGUAUUUUCAUUCAUGUCACAAAAACUUACAGAAACACCUUGUUAAUGUUGCAGAACAAAAAUACUGUAUUAAAGCUGAAACAAUAUAUUGUUGUCAUUAUACAAAAAAC